CGUGGAGACCGUUGUCGGCUCUCGUGUUAUUUUUUCCCAUUUCGUUGCGUGGGGCCUUUCGAAAAGCUUUAAGAAAACUUGAUUUAUAGCGCAUCCGCAGCCGAACCCGCGACCAAAUACAGCUUAGCCCCCCAAAAAAAAGUGUUAGUAAAUCAAUAAUAUAUAAUAGCAAAAAAAAACAAUGCAGCUAAAGUGUUAAAAUAAAACCCGUUAUCUUAAAUCGUAAAGAAAAACAGCAAAUCAGCAAAGAUGUGAAUUUGGACAAAUUGUAGACUUAAAGCCUCAGCUGCUUCAUAAGUACAAAAUGGCCGCCAGGAUGCACAACAACAACAGCAAGAACAUCUUUUAACAGCAGCCACACUCACACACACACAUCCAGACACCCACACAAAUGCACAAAUACACACAACACAGGCAAAGCCGGAAUCCAUUUAAAGUCUUUCGCUCCCCUUGAGAUUCUAAGGAAGACGGCGCCAUGUUCAGUGUCAACCAGUUAAAAUAGACCGACUCCCAAGUCAGUCGCAAGUAGCAAUCGGCAGGGACAGCAGAGAGAGCAGCAGCAACGACAACGACAACGACGACAGAGCGUCUGGGAGCGUGGUGGGCGAUCUGCACUUUGGCUACGUUACGCUCAGCAUUAGUAAGCUUUCGACAGUUGACAACGCGAGACGCUUAGAGCGCACGGUAGUUAAUAACCGACGGCAACCCGUCGCUGCUGUCGGCGCAGUCGACGUAAACGCGAGAAAAAUAAUAAAACGCAUCGAAACAAAAGAAGCAAAAAUGCAACGCACCAACAUCGAGUUAGAGCGUCAACGUCAUCUAGCCAAUUGGCUGGUGAAGAGCAGUCCGCACAUGGCAGCUGCUGCAGCAGCGGGCGCAGCGCCACCCACGGCAGGAGUUGGAAGUGGAGCCGCAGUGGUGGGCGCAGCUGUAGUCGGAGGUGUGGCAGCUGCAGUGCAUGGCGCGCCCGGCAACAGCGCUGCUGCCGCUUGUAACGGUGCCCCACCUGGCGCACAUCACGGCCACAUGGCAGUAGCCGCUGCUGCUGCCGCUGCCGCAGCUGAGGCGCGCAAACCGAAGCUGCGUCGCUUCAACUCCCACGAUACCAGCUCGAACAUGUUCUCCGUGGCGGACUUCGAGAAUGCGCGUCUGGCGCGACGCAAUGAGAUUGAGCUGAAGCAGCGGCUGGCGCGACGGCAGCGCAACAGCGCCAACUGUAGCUACGGGCUGGCUGGCGGCUGCGCCAGCAGCAACGGCAACAACAACAACACCAACAACGCUGGCUACACAGGCAGCAAUAAUGCGGGCUACAGCGGCUUCUGCGGCGGCCUCAAUGGCAGCGGCGAUUACUCUACGGGCGACAGCAAGAACUCCAAGUGCAGCAGCAGCAGCGAGCAGGAACCACUGCCCGCUGAUGUUUUCCUCGAGCGGCAUUCGCUGCCGCGCGUUGUGCGCAUUUUGUACAGCAGCAAGAGCUCCAAUGAGACGCUGCAGUCGAGCUCAUCACACGGCUCCUCCACGGCCGCCUCGAGCAGCUCCUCGACAGGCCCCAAGCAGCAGCAGCUGCUGGCGAAUGAGCCAGGCAAUGGCACCGGCACUGGCACCAAUUCGUCCUCUAGCGCUGGCAGCGGCAACCACAACAACAGCAGCUGCGUUCAGCCUGGUCAUGAUGAGCUCUUCCUGCUCUACAGGCUAGUUCGACAGCGUCACAUCUAUCAUGGACACAAUGCCAAAUCGCAGGCAUCGCAGCGCAAAAAAACGGUGCUCAUACCCCAGGAGUUUCCAGGGUAUUUUUCGCUGCUGAACGAGAAGGGUUUGCCAACGGCCACACAGUAUGGAACGCUAAUGCAGCUGGUUCGCGAGCGUGUCUACAAGUUUGCCUCGGUGGAUAACAUGCCGGCGUUUACCGAAUCAUCGCCCACCGGAGCCAACAGUAGUCCCAGCCACGAGGGCUGCCUGCCCAGCAGCAAACAGAGGCCGCAGUACAUAAAGACGACGGCACGCGGCGGUCAGGUGUUUCGCCUGCUGGCCGUCUUCGAGGAUGGCAAGCAGGAGCAUGGCCAGGCGAAUCACACGAACAGUGCGUGCAAGUCGCAUGUGGUGGCAAGUGGAGGCUAUAUGGGGCGCGACAAGGAGAAAGGACGCUAUGCGCAGCUAUUGAACGAGCAGCGUCAAGUCAUGUACGUGCCGCUGGCGACCAAAGGCAAAUUCUACGAGAUUGAGCCGGGUAUACCGCAGCUGCUGCAGAAACAGGGCGACACGCAACGCAAACUGAAUCCGGAGUGUGUGCAUCGAUUGGGCGCCUUGGUGGCAGCGGCCAAACAGCUACCGCUAAUGCUGCGCUACAUCUCAGGUCCCGCCGGCGCCGAAAUACCCGAGCAGCUGUGCAUCAGUCGGUUGAGCAAGGAGGAUGUCAUAAUUGGCUGUCCCAUUGAGGAGCUGGAUGGUAACGGGCCGCUGCCGCCGGUGCAGCAGCAACAGCAGCCGCUGCAGCUGCGUAAGCUUUAUCUCAGCCGCGAGAUGCAGCUGCUCAAGUGUUUGCUGGGCUUUGAUUCUGAACAGCGAAUGCUGGCCAAUGCCCAGGUGCAGACCAUGCUUAAGUUUUGUCAAUUUAAUUGCGAUCAGUUUCUCAAACUUGUGGAGAUUGAGCUCUUGCAGCGCAGCGAUCGAUCAGGCAGCAAAACGCGCGAAGGACUCAAAAUUCUGAAGCCGCUGCAUCUGCCCAAGCUGCUGCGGCGCGAGAAGAGCAGCAUGACGGCAACGUCAACGGCGGCGCACGAGAAGGAGGACUCGAUCAUAUUUCUAAGUAAGACCGAUUUGGAGCAGCUGGAGGCCAAAGAGGCUGCAGCAGCGGCAGUGGCAGCGGCAUCACUAGCAACAGGCGAAGCCUCCAACCAGGUCGCACCCAAUCGCAUCACGGAGCGCAUGAAGGUCUUUCAGUCCACCAAGAAGAAAUGGUUUCGCAAGCAGCAGCAACAGCAGGAGCAGCAACUGGAUAAAUCCCAAACUGAACUGCAGCUGGAUGUGCAGGCGAAGCGCAUGAGCAUGGAACGCUACACGGACAUGUCCAAGCUGCUACAGGAGCGCUUCGGCAAUGACAACAAUGAGCCCGCAGCGGCUACCACGGAUACCCAAUCGCUGCACAGCGAAACGGAGACGACCACGCUGAGUCACAGCAUGGAGCGCAGUUCCAUGCCCAAAUCGCUGGACACAUUGCUGCAAAAGUCCAUGUCCCUGCAGGACAUUGAGCUUCUGAAUGGACAGCGACCACAGCAGCGACCAGAUUUGCUCACUGCGCAUACGGAUGCCAUCAGCGAAGCCGGCACCGAGCUGGAGGAUGUUGAGAACCAAACGCCGCCGCCGCAGUCCUUCAUCACCGAGAAGCUCUACAAUGAGUUCCAUGUGAAAACACGCCAGUAUAGCAAAUCCUCGAGUAGUUUGCAUCAGUUGCGUCACUUUUCGCUGCCGCAAAAGAUGCAGCUCCACGAAACUGAGCCCGAGAAACGCAUCCAGACGCAGUUCAGAGCGCAACAGCAGCUCCAGCUAGGCAAGGAGUUUGGCGGGCCUAUCACAGGACGACGCGCUGCUGGCGGCGUCUCUUUGCUGGGCGGCCUGGUCGCCCUGUCUCCGUCAGCUCUUCUCUCACCCACAUCGCUGGUGGAGGAUGAUUUGCCGUACUCCAGCGUGCGUGACUCCCUAGUCAUGUCUAGUUUGGACAGCGCCGAGCACCGGGAACCGGCACCAAUUACGCCUGCCGCCUUGGACUACGCCAAGGAGAAUAUCUAUGCGGAAAUUUGCGCCUCGCACACCUGUGACAGCUUCUCGGGCGCCACGCAGCUCACCCAGCUGCCCCAACUCGACAAUGACGAUGUCGUUGUAGAUGAUGAGGACGAAGAUGAUGGUGACUACGCCUCGCUCAAAUAUCAGCCGAACGGACCGCAAUCUGUGAGCCGGGUCGAGAUUAAUUGCACGCCGGCCACCAGUGCCAUCAGCUAUCAUACGGUCUACCUCGGCGAGGAGCCGCUCGGAGAGCGGCAUGCGGCGGCUGCUCAGCAUAUAACCACCGUAGAGCUGGCCGGCGAGAAUAACAUAUACAAUACGCUCAAAUGAUGAUUCAUGUGAUUUCGGCGACGACGCUUAGCCGGCGCCCAGGGGCUAUUCUGAAUGUGAAAGGACAAUGCGAAUUCUAGAAUAUAUUAAAACACAUAUAUAUUUUAUUUAAAAUAUCUCGUAAACCGAACAAAACUGUUGAAACAGACAGAUGAGAAACAAUAUUUAUAUGUAUAGAAAAAUCUCUGUAGAGCAGACAACAUGAAAAAGACCCAUAGAAAAUAGAUGUAAAAUCGUGAAAUAAGUAACCAAAAGAAAAGAAAAUUAUUUAUAGAAAACAAACUUAAAGCACCAUUUGGUAUUCCUUUCAAAAAUACCAAAAACAAAUAUGGAAGAAGUGUGUAUAACAAAAAAUUGGAAAGAUUAUUUUUCGUGAGGUAAAACUUAAAAUUGUACACCAUUUUUUUCUUUAUAUUAAUCUUUUAUUUAAAAAAAAAAUGAUCUUAGUUAAUUAUCUAAUGCAGAAAUUGAAUGCACUGCAAAAGUUGUAACUAACUGUUUCGAUUGUCAGAAUUUCUUUAAACAAUUUAAAGAAAAGUUAAAAACAUUUCUGCAUACUUUGAAAUAGUUUAAAAACUAAUAGAGGAUUUCCAUAUAUUUUCAAAUGCUAUAUCAGCUAUUAUUUAUACAUCUAUGUAUAUAUAUUUUGGUACUUAUUUCAUUACUUAGUUUCUUAUGGGUUUUAUAUAUCAUGUAGCGCCUAUAUAUAAUUCGAUAGACUGUAGUUGUAGCAAUUGAAGGAGAGAAACUUAUAAAUUGAAGAAGUUUGUUUGGGCAAAGCAUAAAAUGCCUCAACUCUGCUAAAAAGCUACAUCGCCCCGCCCCACAACAAACAUUAAGAGAAAUGAGAAUAACAAAUGACAACUCACAUUGUAAUACUAUAUUAUAAAGAAUUGAAGACAAGCAAUUUGUAUUGUAAAAAGGCUUAAAAGCCCGCGAUACACACGCAUAAAAUGUCAUAAAACUGAAUAUUGAAAAUUUGCAAUAUUAUACAAUUGUAUACAUAACUAACAUAUAUCAUAUAUACUAUAUAUACAACAUAUUUAAUAUAAUAUAUAUACAUAUAUAUAUAUAUUUAUAUAUAUAAUUAGAUGUUAGCUAUAUGAAAUGUAGAAAUCUUAGCGCAAACCUAAGGUAUUAUUAGUUUGUAGGCAAUCAACAAGUCAAAUCAAAUCGUAUGCGAUAUGCAUACGUAUUUAUAUAUAUAUUUAUAUAUAUAUAAAAACAAAUUAAGUAUAUAAGUAUAUAUAUAUGAGUAUAUACUAAUAUAUAAUAAUAUAAUAAUAAUGUAACAUAGCUUGCAAUUUUAGGACUUAUCACAAUUUUGGUCCACUUUUAAACGAUCUCUCAUAUUUGUCGUUCUGUUUAAUAUAUAUAUAUAUAUAUAGAUAUAUCUCCUUUUUUUUGGAUUUUGAAUUGCUUAGCAUCAAAACGCAGGCGGAAUGGCAUGAUCUAAACCUUAUCUACUUAACAAUUUUAAUAAUUGUAAUUAUAAUUUGUCUGUUUGUCCGUUUAUGUCUUAUUUCCUUCUUCAUGUUUUUUAUCGCAAGUUUCUUCCACUCACUCUUUCAGUCAGCACAUGGAGCCAUAUUAUUAACUAGUUGAGCAGUCUCAAAUGUAAAACAUUCUAGUCCUCAGUUAUAUAUGGAUUGGUUCUAUAUUUAUACACUAUAACAUAUCGAUCAGUUGUUUGAGAACAUGCCAAACUGUAUGCGCUUUCGGCCAGGCCGUAAUUAAUGCAAAUUGAUUUUCAAUUCUCGCGUUCUUUAAAUAAUUACAUAGCAAAGAAUUUAUUAAUUUUUAUUUCGAUUUCAAUUUCGAUGGCUAUCGAUUAAUUUCAGUUUUGAUUUACUAUUUAAGAUUUUGUCAACACACUUAAUACAAACAAAUCUUAUGAUCUACAAAUGCAA